AAGCGUCUUCCGAAAGCAGGGGCAGCCAUUUCAGGGUCCGACGGCAAAAGCUUAGCGCGUCCUCAAUUAUUCCCUCCUUGGCCAGCUGUCCGCUUCCCAUCUCUUGAUCUAGCGGCAAGCCCGCUGCCGACUCCCUGCGUCGCGCGCCCACACCGAACCUCGAACCUCGCGCACAGAAGAGCCGCGACAGCUGCCCGCUCUCUGAAUGCCAUGUCGGAGGCCACUGUCACGACGCCCUUCCCUCUUGCGCCAGACGACCGCCCACAGUCCUACCCAGACGACAUGAGCUCGACCUCGUCGGUGUCGUCGGUCAGCGACGCCGACCAGCCCAAGCCAGAUCCUGCCAAGCUCGCGCGCCCGCGUCUGGGGAGCAGGAAAUCGAGUGGUACCAUCAUAAUACCCCGCGACAGCCCGCAGGUGGAGCUCAAGGAAGAGGAGUAUGACGAUGGCGAUGCGAGAACCAUGAGCCCGCGGCGGAGUAGCGAGGAGAUUGAGAAGAUGGGCCAUGAAGCCCGGCAGGCAUUGAUAGAGCAGGCCAAAGCUCUGCAAGCCAGUCUCCUAGAAAUCGUCGACCGUGUCGAGAUAGUGCGGUCGGAGCACGAAAAGCUCGAAGGCGGCAACAAGUUUCUUCAAUCAUACAUCGGUGAGCUCAUGCAGACAAGUAAAAUCACCUCUUCCGGCGCUGGCAAGGGCGGAAAAGGCAAGGGCAAAAGCCGCAACAUCAAGUAGCGACCGUGGACCUCCUUAGCCUCACCGCAUCACUGAGACGAGCCGACUAACUAACUUACAUUACGACAUGAUCACGGCCAUUAACUGUCGCAUACAUCCGCCACCAGCCCAACUUACAGCACUACAUAUACCUGAUCAUCGUGUUU